AACGGGCGCAAUUUACGUUAGCGUUUUGGGUUUGCAGCUAAGGCCCAGGUGAGGGGAAGUGCUCCUAUCGCGGAGUACAAGCCACACAAACCCGGCGAGCGGAGAACAUGAAAUACCAGACGUUGAAAUAAAAACACCGUCGAUCAACUGAAUAAGUACAAUCAGAGCUGAACAAAUUUGUCUAAGACCCAACCAUUUGAAGAUGUGGAAAGGUUUGUUCUUUUGCAGAGAAGCCUGAGGCAGUACUACAUAGGUUGCAUCAUGAAUUUUCUCCUAAUCCAGGUCUCCACUACAACUCUUUUGACAUUGUGAAAGAGACCAUGGUAUGAAAUGAAAUAAAGUGGACGACGGGAGGAGCUCUGCCCACUCAUCUCCACCUCUUUAAAGCAUGGCAGGCCUGCAGCUUGUCACCCCUGCCACGUCUCCCAUGGGGCCUUUUUUUGGCCUUCCAUGGCAACAAGAGGCGAUUCACGAUGACAUCUAUACACCUAGAAAAUAUCAGGUAGAACUUCUAGAAGCAGCUCUUGAGCAUAAUACUAUUGUCUGCUUGAACACCGGCUCAGGGAAGACCUUUAUUGCAGUUCUCCUUACAAAGGAGCUCUCUCACCAAAUCCGUGGACAGUACCAAGGAAAUGCAAGAAGGACGGUGUUUCUUGUGGACUCAGCCUUGUCUGUUGUUCAGCAAGCGGCUGCGGUCAGGACUCACUCGGACCUCCAGGUGGGAGAGUAUACAGAUUUAGAGGAGACCUCAAAAUGGUCUUACCAGCAUUGGAAGGAAGAGAUAAUCAACAAUCAGGUACUGGUUAUGACUUGCCAUAUAUUCUUGCACGUACUGAAGAGACAAAUAUUACCAUUGUCAAAAAUCAACCUGGUGGUUUUUGAUGAUUGUCAUCUUGCCAUCACCGAUCACCCCUACUGUGAGAUAAUGAAGCUCUUUGACGACAGCUUGUGCAAUCCUCGUAUUUUGGGUCUCACUGCCGCAAUUCUGAAUGGAAAGUGUGAUCCAUCAGAUCUUGAACACAAAAUCCAGAAUUUAGAGCAAGUCCUGAAGAGCAACGCUGAAACUGCCACGGAUCUUGUAGUUCUUGACAGAUAUGCCUCUCAGCCCAGAGAAGUUGUUUUAGACUGCGGUCCCUAUGUGGAUAAGACUGGGCUGUCUACUCGUCUUCAAGUGGAGUUGGACGAAGCUCUCCACUUCUUAGAUGACUGUAACGUUUCUGUUUUAAGGGAAGAUCGGGACCCUACAGCAAUCUCCAGACAGGUCCUAAGUGAUUGCAGGGCUGUGCUGCAGGUGCUGGGGCCCUGGUGUGCAGAUAAAGCAGCAGGUAUCAUGGUGCGCGAGCUCCAGAAGUACAUCAAGCAUGAACUGGGAGGACUGAACCGCAAGUUUCUCCUCUUCACCGACACAAUUCUACGAAAAGUACAUGCACUUUGUGAGGAGCAUUUCUCCCCUUCCUCCUUGGACCUCAAGUUUGUCACACCAAAGGUUCUCCGUCUGUUGGAGAUCUUGCAUGAAUACAAACCCUUUGAACGGCAGCAGUUUGAAAGUGUGGAGUGGUACAACAACCGUAACCAGGACAACUAUGUGUCUUGGAGUGACUCUGAGGACGAGGACGAGGACGAAGAGGUGGAGACCAAAGAGAGGCCCGAAGCCAACUUUCCGUCACCGUUCACCAACAUACUGUGUGGAAUUAUCUUUGUGGAGAGGCGAUACACAGCAGUCGUCCUCAAUCGUCUGAUCAAAGAGGCCGGGAAGCAGGAUCCAGAACUUGCUUACAUCAGCAACAACUUCAUUAGUGGCCAUAGCAUUGGCAAGAACCAGCCACGAAACAAGCAAAUGGAGGUGGAAUUCAGGAAGCAAGAAGAGGUUCUUCGCAAAUUCCGAGCUCAUGAAACUAACCUGCUGAUUGCCACCAGCAUUGUGGAGGAAGGUGUCGACAUUCCAAAGUGUAACUUGGUGGUACGCUUUGACUUGCCAACGGAGUACAGGUCCUACGUCCAGUCGAAAGGCAGAGCUCGAGCGCCUGUUUCCAACUACAUUAUGCUGGCUGAUAGUGACAAGACCAAAAGCUUUGAAGAAGAUCUCACUACCUACAAGGCCAUUGAAAAGAUCUUGAGGAACAAGUGCUCCAAGUCUGUGGAGGUUGGUGAGUUUGACGUAGAGCAUGUGUUUGAUGACGACAACAUCCUCCCACCAUACGUGCUUCGAUCCGAGGAUGGAGGUCCGCGGGUCACCAUAAACACAGCUAUUGGACACAUCAACAGGUAUUGUGCUCGGCUGCCAAGUGAUCCAUUUACACAUUUAGCACCCAAGUGUAAAACUACAGAGACCCAAGACGGACGAUUCCAGUCCACACUUUAUUUACCCAUCAACUCCCCACUCAGAGUGCCUGUGAAGGGUCCAAAAAUGAAUUGUGCCAGGUUGGCAGAGAAGGCCGUUGCACUAUUGUGUUGUGAGAAACUCCACAGAAUAGGUGAGCUGGACGAUCAUUUGAUGCCAGUGGGGAAGGAGACUGUCAAGUAUGAGGAAGAGCUGGACCUUCAUGAUGAGGAGGAGACAAGCGUUCCUGGCAGGCCUGGCUCCACAAAGAGGAGGCAGUGUUAUCCUAAAGCUAUACCAGAGUGUCUGCGAGACAGUUAUGCUGUACCUGAGCAUACUUACUACCUGUACGUGAUUGGCAUGGUCCUCACCACCCCGCUGCCCGAUGAACUCAACUUUCGCCGAAGGAAGCUUUACCCGCCAGAGGACACCACCAGGUGCUUCGGUAUCCUGACAGCCAAACCCAUACCGCGAAUCCCACAUUUCCCGGUGUACACGCGCUCCGGUGAGGUGACCAUCUCCAUCGAACUUCAAAAGUCUGGCUUCACCCUUGCCACUGCCCAGCUUGACCUCAUCACGCGCCUGCACCAGUACAUCUUCUCCCACAUCCUGCGCUUGGAGAAGCCUGCAUUGGAGUUCAAGCCCAUAUUUGCUGAUUCUGCUUACUGUGUUCUACCUCUCAAUGUCGUUGGAAAUUCGGACACACUUGAUAUGGAUUUCAAGUUCAUGGAAGAAAUUGAAAGGUCUGAGGCUCGAACUGGCAUUCCUACAACUCAGUACACCAAACAGAACCCAUUCACUUUCAAGUUGGAGGACUACCAGGAUGCUGUCAUCAUUCCGAGGUACCGUAACUUCGACCAGCCUCAUCGCUUUUAUGUUGCUGAUGUGUACACAGACCUCACACCUCUCAGCAAGUUCCCUUCACCAGAAUAUGAGACGUUCGCUGAGUACUACAAAACCAAGUACAACUUGGACUUGUCCAACCUGAACCAACCACUCCUGGAUGUAGACCACACCUCAUCCAGACUUAACCUGUUAACCCCUCGUCACCUGAACCAAAAGGGUAAAGCACUGCCGCUCAGCAGUGCAGAGAAGAGAAAGGCAAAAUGGGAAAGUCUGCAGAACAAACAGAUUCUGGUUCCAGAACUUUGUGCCAUCCAUCCGAUCCCCGCAUCCUUAUGGCGGAAGGCCGUGUGUUUGCCUAGUAUCCUCUACCGUCUCCACUGCCUCUUGACAGCGGAGGAACUUCGAUCUCAAACUGCCAGUGAAGCUGGAGUUGGAUCUCGAACCCUUCCUCCAGAUUUCAGGUAUCCAAACCUGGAUUUUGGAUGGAAGAAAUCCAUUGACUGCAAAAUAUUCAUAUCCUUCACCGAAGCUUGUAGUGAGGAUGAUGAAUCUCAGCAUCAGUUACCGGAUUCUCGUCCACUGAUGCCCGACAGUCGUUCUCAUUCCCAGCCCGGAGUCAUCCAUUGCACCAAGAACUUUGUGAAUGGCACUACUCUAAUUUCUGACAUUGGCGACAACAGUGACCCAGAAGGAGAGCACCUUCAUCAAUGUAAUUGCCAAUACUCCCAGUGCAGCUCUUGUGGACUGCGAAGCCCUGAAAAAAUGCAAUCCUCUACCUCAGUUCCUGUGCAGUCUUUUCACCGCACGUGUCCUUCACGGCCUAGUCAUGAAGGUACACAAGUGAGAGUUCUGGACCACACAAAUAAUGCUACCUCAGCCUACUGCCGGGCAGAAAAGUGUCCCGAUACUCACAAAGCACCUACGCGCUAUAUUGCUGCUGUCCCGCAUCCCAGCGAAGUGGCCGAAGACUCCCCAAAAAGCCUGGGACCAAACCCAGGCCUCAUCCUGCAGGCCUUGACCCUUUCCAAUGCCAGUGACGGUUUCAACCUAGAGCGACUGGAAAUGCUCGGCGACUCCUUCCUCAAGCAUGCCAUCACCACGUAUCUAUUUUGCACCUACCCUGACGCCCAUGAAGGCAGGCUCAGCUACAUGCGCAGCAAGAAGGUUAGUAACUGCAACCUGUAUCGCCUGGGCAAGAAGAAGGGACUUCCCAGCAGGAUGGUGGUGUCCAUCUUUGACCCCCCCGUCAACUGGCUACCUCCGGCCUACGUGGUUAACCAGGACAAGAGCAGUAUUGACAAACCCGAAUCAGAAGAGGCCAAAGAGGAGCUUUUGUCCAACGGGCGUUCUGGUGAUGAGGAUGACGAGGAGAGCGAAGAGGUGGACGAUGAGGGAGAGCUGAUGCUGAAGGAUGAGCCAAAGGAUGAGGUCAACAUGGAGGAUGACUUGGAGUAUUACAAGGAACACAUCAAAUUUAUCGACAACAUGUUGCUGGGAUCCGGUGCAUUUGGGAAGAAGAUCUCCCUGAGCAGCUUCCCUCCGUCACUCACGGCCGCUUCAAGCCCGCCACCGCCCAUCGAGGCCGCAUAUGAAUGGAAGCCCCCAAAGAAGAACCCGUAUCAGUCGGCCCACCACCACCCUGAGCCGCUGCCCACUGUAUCAUCAUCAGCGGAGGACUUUGACUACAGCUCAUGGGACGCCAUGUGCUACUUGGACCCCAGCAAGGCGGGCGAAGAGGACGACUUUGUGGUGGGCUUUUGGAAUCCAUCCGAGGAGAACUGUGGCACCGAGCUGGGGAAACAGUCCAUCUCCUACGACCUGCACACGGAGCAGUGCAUCGCAGACAAGAGCAUCGCCGACUGUGUGGAGGCUUUGCUUGGCUGCUAUCUGACCAGCUGUGGAGAGAGAGCUGCCCAGAUGUUCCUCUGCUCCUUAGGUCUAAAGGUGUUGCCACUGGAGAGAGGGAUCUUGAUCGCAGACAGCCAGCCCAGCCCAACAUGUGCAGUGGGUGACCUGUGCUACGGCUGGUUAAAAAUCCCACCGCGGUGCAUGCUGGAACAUCCAGACGCAGAGAGAACACUCAACCACCUGAUCUCUGGCUUUGAGAACUUUGAAAGAAAGAUCAACUACACUUUUCAGAACAAGGCUUACCUCCUCCAAGCCUUCACCCAUGCUUCCUACCAUUACAACACCAUCACAGAUUGUUACCAACGAUUGGAGUUCCUUGGAGAUGCAAUUCUUGACUACCUCAUUACAAAGCACCUUUAUGAAGACCCCCGGCAGCACUCCCCCGGUGUAUUGACUGACCUGCGCUCGGCACUUGUCAACAACACCAUCUUUGCCUCUCUGGCUGUCAAGUACGACUACCAUAAGUACUUCAAAGCCAUCUCGCCUGAACUGUUCCACGUUAUUGAUGACUUUGUGCAGUUUCAACUUGAAAAGAAUGAGAUGCAAGGCAUGGACUCUGAGCUGCGGCGCUCUGAAGAAGACGAGGAGAAGGAGGAGGACAUUGAAGUCCCAAAAGCUAUGGGGGACAUCUUUGAGUCGCUCGCUGGAGCUAUUUACAUGGACAGCGGGAUGUCAUUAGAGAUGGUGUGGCAAGUGUAUUAUCCGAUGAUGAGGCCGCUAAUAGAGAAAUUUUCUGCAAAUGUGCCUCGUUCUCCUGUGAGGGAGUUGCUUGAAAUGGAACCGGAAACUGCCAAAUUCAGCCCUGCUGAAAGAACGUACGACGGGAAAGUCCGUGUGACGGUGGAGGUUGUCGGGAAGGGCAAGUUCAAAGGAGUCGGCCGCAGCUACCGCAUCGCCAAGUCAGCAGCAGCCCGACGAGCUCUGCGCAGCCUCAAAGCCAAUCAACCUCAGGUCCAAAACAACUGAGCUCCUCUCAGCAUUAAGCACCUACACUAUUGACGCUUGCGGAAAAAAAGCAGUAUUUGCUUUCCAGCACAACACAAAGCUCGGCCCCCGUGUGCGUUCUACCUGUGAUGAGCGUCCGAGGCAGACGGCGAGCACUGUGUGUGGAAACCUACGUACAAUAGCUCUUUUUCUUUUUGCGCAAACACAAUCUCUCUCUCUCUUUUUCGUGUCAACUCAUCACCAGUGCUUUUUACACUGAGCAAGUGUUCAAAAGGUCAGGUUGCAAUGUCUGUCCCGUGUUUUUUUCCCCUUAGCCUCUUCAGUGGACAACACGCGCACCUCGUCACAUUGUCUCGUAAAAGUACGUAGAAAGGAGAAUUCAACACUUAACUCCUCAUCUUGUGCACUAAUGCCAGUCAGCUUUUACAUGUUUGAAAACAUGCUCGAAGCAGAUGUGGCUAACACGCACGUAGACACACACACACACACACGCACGCACGCACACACACACACACACACACACACACACACACACACACACACACACACACACACACACACACACACACACACACACACUACUGUGUUGCUGUUAGAAGUCUUGAAAUUGUAUUUUAAUCAUUCUUGCACUUGUAGUCUAUUACAGUCUGUAAUUAAUGAGAAUAGUGUGGUCACGUUGACAACCAAAAUCUUACAGAUUGCAAAGUAUAUGAAUAUAUAUGAAAAUAUCCCAUUUUAUUGUUGGCCUCAAACGUGAGGGCUCACUCUUAUACCCUGCAAAACGGAUAGGAGAUGAAAAGAUUCCCAACAAGUGUCAUUUUAAACAAGCACCUGAGGUUGCAUGUUCCUGUAUUUGUAUAAACUUUGUCAACUGGAUUGCUUCCUUCCGCAAGUGUUUUUUAUUCUCUCGACGUAUGUUAAAAUGUAGCACAGCGAGAGUAUACGUAAUGGCAUCUCCUCGGUGAUUAGGUUUUCACUACGAGAAGAUCAGUGAGUCAAUAUUGCGCUCUGGAAGUCUUUCCACAAAGCAAACGUUUCAGUUUUGAUACGAGAGUAAGUCAGUGACUCGUGCAGAAUGCUGCCGACUUUUCUACUUCUGAGACAGAAUUGUUUGUGAUAGGUCUCUUUAGUACAAACACGCUUCUGUUCUCUCCUGCCAAACCUCUAGCAACUCAAAAGCCACGUUUCCAUGCACACAAUGUAGUUGAUGUAUAAACACAGUCAAAGUAAAUGGACUAGUCCACCCAAGUGGGGCCAUUUGCUUGCAAUGCAAAGCAAACAUUUCAAUAUGGACGCCACUAAUUGAAAUAAGAGGAUAUUAGCAAUGCUAUAGAUCGCAAAUAUUUAUCCAACCAACACACAAUUGUGUUGUUGUUUGAGAUAGCUUAAAUCAAUCUUUAAAUUAGGGAUGCACAUAAGCCUGGUUCUUUAGACCGAUACCAAUGACUUAUUUAUAUCAUAUUAUUUUUUAGAUGUGCAUUUAAGUGUUACGUAUUUUUCGGAGUAUAAGUCACACUGGCCGAAAAUGCAUAAUAAAGAAGGGAAAAAACAUAUACCGUAUUUUUCGGACUAUAAGUCGCAGUUUUUUUCAUACUCAGGAGCGACUUAUGUGUGAAAUUAUUAACACAUUACCGUAAAAUAUCAAAUAAUAUUAUUUAGCUCAUUCACAUAAGAGAUUAGACCAGGGGUAGGGAACCUAUGGCUCUAGAGCCAGAUGUGGCUCUUUUGAUGACUGCAUUUGGCUCCCAGAUAAAUCUUAGCUGACACUGCUUAACACGUAAUCACAGUGUUAAAGGGGAACAUUAUCACAAUUUCAGAAGGGUUAAAACCAUUAAAAAUCAGUUCCCAGUGGCUUAUUUUAUUUUUCGCAGUUUUUUUCAAAAUUUUACCCAUCACGCAAUAUCCCUAAAAAAAAAAGCUUCAAAGUGCCUGAUUUUAACCAUCGUUAUAAACACCCGUCCAUUUUCCUGUGACGUCACACAGUGAUGCCAAUACAAACAAACAUGGCGCUAGAACAGCAAGCUAUAGCGACAUUAGCUCGGAUUCAGACUCGGAUUUCAGCGGCUUAAGCGAUUCAACAGAUUACGAAUGUAUUGAAACGGAUGGUUGUAGUGUGGAGGCAGGUAGCAAAAACGAAAUUGAAGAACAAACUGAAGCUAUUGAGCCAUAUCGGUUUGAACCGUAUGCAAGCGAAACCGACGAAAACGACACGACAGCCAGCGACACGGGAGAAAGCGAGGACGAAUUCGGCGAUCGCCUUCUAACCAACGAUUGGUAUGUGUUUGUUUGGCAUUAAAGGAAACUAACAACUAUGAACUAGGUUUACAGCAUAUGAAAUACAUUUGGCAACAACAUGCACUUUGAGAGUGCAGACAGCCCAUUUCAGGCGCGCUAAGAACAUAUAUUUUUCCACGAUUUCAGCACUACACAAAAAUACUGACAUACCCUCAUCCGCUCUUUUUUCCUGAAAGCUGAUCUGUCCAGUUUUGGAGUUGAUGUCAGCAUCUGCUUUGAGUGUCGCAGGAUAUCCACACAUUCUUGCCAUCUCUGUCGUAGCAUAGCUUUCGUCGGUAAAGUGUGCGGAACAAACGACUGACCAUUUUGUCGGCUUUCCCCACAGCCUCGUAUUUUGAACAAAAUUCGUCCAAUUUCUUGCCACUUUCGCAUCUUUGGGCCACUGGUGCAACUUGAAUCCGUCCCUGUUCGUGUUGUUACACCCUCCGACAACACACCUACGGAAGUGAGAAAAUGGCGGAUUGCUUCCCGAUGUGACGUCAUCGCUCCGAGAGCGAAUAAUAGAAAGGCGUUUAAUUCGCCAAAAUUCACCUAUUUAGAGUUCGGAAAUCGGUUAAAAAAAUAUAUGGUCUUUUUUCUGCAACAUCAAGGUAUAUAUUGACGCUUACAUAGGUCUGGUGAUAAUGUUCCCCUUUAAAAAUAACGUUCAAAAUAUAAAACAUUCUCAUUCAUUUUAAUCCAUCCAUCCGUUUUCUGUACCGCACCUGUUCAAGAAGUCGCAUUAUUGGUAAGAAGUAUUUUAUUUAUUAUUGAUUAGCUGCAGAAUAACAAUGUUAUUAAAAAUAAUAAGAUACUUAUUACACUCUAAAAAUGUCGGUCUUACUUAAAAUACUCGCAUUUAUUGUAUUCAGUGUUAAAAAAUAUAAUAUGGCUCUCACGGAAAUACAUUUUAAAAUCUUUGGCUUCCAUGGCUCUCUCAGCCAAAAAGGUUCCCGACCCCUGGGUUAGACGUAUAAGAUUUCAUGGGAUUUAGCGAUUAGGAGUGACAGAUUGUUUGGUAAACGUAUAGCAUGUUCUAUAUGUUAUAGUUAUUUGAAUAACUCGUACCAUAAUAUGUUACGUUAACAUACCAGGCACCUUCUCAGUUGGUUAUUUAUGCCUCAUAUAACGUACACUUAUUCAGCCUGUUGUUCACUAUUCUUUAUUUAUUUUAAAUUGCCUUUCAAAUGUCUAUUCUUGGUGUUGGCUUUUAUCAAUCAAUCAAUCAAUCAAUCAAUCAAUCAAUCAAUCAAUGUUUAUUUAUAUAGCCCUAAAUCACAAAAGUCUCAAAGGGCUGUACAAGCCACAACGACAUCCUCGGUACAGAGCCCACAUAAGGGACGUCGAUGUGAAUGACUAUGAGAAACCGCAUAUGUGGGUAACCCCCCCCUCUAUUCAUCAAAUACAUUUCCCCCAAAAAUACGACUUAUACUCCAGUGCGACUUAUAUGUUUUUUUCCUUUUUAUUAUGCAUUUUCGGCCGGUGCAACUUAUACUCCCAAAAAUACGGCAUAGGGACGGCGUGGCGCAGUGGAAGAGUGGCCGUGCGCAACCCGAGGGUCCCUGGUUCAAUCCCCACCUAGUACCAACCUCGUCAUGUCCGUUGUGUCCUGAGCAAGACACUUCACCCUUGCUCCUGAUGGGUGCUGGUUAGCGCCUUGCAUGGCAGCUCCCUCCAUCAGUGUGUGAAUGUGUGUGUGAAUGGGUAAAUGUGGAAGUAGUGUCAAAGCGCUUUGAGUACCUUGAAGGUAGAAAAGCGCUAUACAAGUACAACCCAUUUAUCAUUUAUUAUUAUAAGUCGCACUGGAGUAUAAGUCGUAUUUUUGGGGGAAAUUUUUUU